UUUAUGUUGUUAAAAAUGCAGGGCAAAAAAAAUGCUUCCAUUGCUGUCAAACACAAAAAUAACAACAAAUAAAAACUGACGGAACCGGCUAAUGAUUUCAAAACAACAUAAUACAAUAGUCACCAGUAUGAAAUUUAUUGUAUCCGGAAACAAGCGAAAAGUGUAUCUUUAAAAAGGCGACAAUGUUCGUUGCAAAGUGCGUGGUGACUGCCACAAUGAGGCACAGUAUUGUACGGCUGAUUGCCCGCCGUAUGUCCCAGCAACGAUUUAAUCUUCAGCAGCCUUGCUUUGACACGGAAUAUUUGUUAAACCCAAGCAAUAGACCAAACAUUGAAGCGAACAUACAGCACAGGAAGGGAAUUGGCGAUAUACGGCUUGUGCAGAGCAUCCAUGAGCAACUUUCUGCGGGAACAGCACUGACGGAAAGCGAACGGACCAGACUGAAAGCGCAGCUAGAAGUGGAAUUGGGGAAAAUUCCUAACCGCACUCAUCCGCAAGUGCUCGAAUAUGGUAACGAACCAAAAAUCCUGAAGCGGUUCAAUGAGCACCAUAAACGUACCGAUCGCAAGUACUUUCAGUUCAACGAUAUCUGCAAGAAGAUGAAUUUAUACCGGAUGGAGAAUUUGGGCAAUUUUACUGGGCAUCGUUCGUACUAUUUGACUGAUGAGUUAGCGGAACUUGAACAUGCCCUGAUCAAUUAUGCCGUAGAGGGUUUACGCCGGCGAGGCUUCCAGCUUAUAACCGUUCCAGAUUUACUGCCAGGGCGCAUUAUUGAGAGCUGCGGGAUGAGCGUUCAUGGUGAACGUAAUCAGGUUUACAAGUUGAACGGCGAUGAAAGUGAAUCGAUGUGUCUUUCGGGCACGUCUGAAAUGGCAUUGGCUGGUUACUUUGCUGGGCGUGUAAUACCAGCAGAAAAGCUACCGUUUAAGCUAAUGGCUGUGAGCAGGUGUUACCGGGCGGAAACAUCUGCACUGCAGGAGGAAAAAGGCAUCUAUCGGGUGCAUCAAUUUACAAAGGUAGAAAUGUUUGCCGUAUGCCAGCAGGAUCAAUCCGCCACCAUGCUAGAAGAGUUUCGUGAUAUCGAAGUAAGCCUGUUUGACCAGCUUGGAUUACACUUUCUUUUGCUCGACAUGCCACCGUGCGAACUAGGUGCACCAGCCCACCGAAAGUAUGACAUCGAAGCGUGGAUGCCCGGACGCGGCAUGUACGGUGAAAUAUCGAGUUGCAGCGACUGCACAGACUAUCAAGCUCGCCGGCUCGGUAUUCGCGUGGCAAACAAUCACACUGGCGUGGAAACGUUUGCCCACACAGUAAACGGUACCGCCUGUGCUAUCCCGAGAAUGUUGAUUGCACUGCUGGAAAACUUUCAGAACGAAGACUACACGGUAACGGUCCCGGUAGCGUUACGCAAGUUUAUGAACGGGAAGGAAUUUAUCCGUAGACGAAAAGUGUUACCAGAGCUAAAGUUAACGAAACGAUUAAUUCAGGAGGAAACGUUUUGAAUAAAACAUUUCAACACACUAGCAAAUGCAAA